ACAUGGCAGACGAGAAAUACGCUUUUGAGCAAACUUUUUAUUUUAGUCCUCUUAACUCCAAGACGCUCUCCUUCCUACAGGACCGAGACACCUUAAACCUCUUUAUGAAAUGGUCCAUGCUGGGGAGGAUUUCAGCUCAGUCAUACAGCUUUGACCAGUGCUUUUAUCCCUACAGCAGUGAAAAAUUUGUACAGUGUUUCUUCAGAGAUCCCAAUGUGGUAUCCAGUCUGAGGAAGAUGGACGCCGGGGCCUGGGGGCCUCUUGAAAAGCCAGUGGUGUCUGUCGAUGUGGAGCAGGUGCCGUGCACUAAGGUCUCCAUGGAGCUGUUCGACCCAAUCUACUCUUGUGGGAUCCUGAGGCCCUCUGGACAUGUAGUUAAAUGCUUCCAUGAUGUCUACCCCGACUAUGAUGAACUCAGACAGAUGCUGCAGGAGGAGGACUCUGAGCACUACUACGUGGUUGGGAGAGAGGAGCGCGGAGAGUUUCUGUUUCGCCUCUUUAAGCACUUGUGCUUUGGAGGAGAGCUCUGUCAGUAUGAAGACACCAUUGAUCCAUACAUCAACACCACCAAGCAAAUUUACAAAGAUCUUAUCAGUGUUCAGAAGGACCCAGAGACUAAGAAGAUUAGUGUUGUCUCCACAGUCCUCAAAGUGUCUGCUUAUGACGAGUCCGGACUAUGUUACCCCAGCAGUCGAGAGGAGGAGCAGACAUUUGCCUAUUUGAUUGUUGACCCCUUCAAACGACACGUGACUUUGUUCUACCACUGUCACGGUGUAGGAAACUUCUCAUUGUGACAAAGAAGAACUGGAAGUUGGCCUGUAGUACUUGUCAGUCUCCUGGUGGACAUGAGAAACAUGAGUUCAGACUGCUGUACCCGGAAAUCAUUUGUA